CAAUGCGCUCGAACGGUCCGACGGGUGUGGGGCGAGACUGAGAGCGGCGGAUGAGAAGCUGCUGAAGGGAGCGAGGAGAGAGACUGAGAGCCUGACGGAGAUCUUGAUGAACGAGAGGGGAAGAGCCGGAGAUUUUCUGAACAAGGUCCGGCAAGGACGAUAGGUUGCAUCCAAGGACAUUCGUAACCGCCGCUGACUUGCUUCGUCGUCGAGAGCAUCACGAUCAGAGUCCAGCGGGUUGAGUGAGACUUGAGCUGCAACAGAUGAUACCUCCCAACAAGUCGUUGGUGAAAUAUGAUAACCCGGUCCUCCUAGCCAACGCUAGCAAGUCGAAAUCGUCUCAGGCCAAGUCUGAUGCGGCGGGGUCUCCAUCAAAGAACGAGAAGUCGCACUCGCUGUAUCAGCCGGAAGAGAUUCUGAAUGCAAUCAUUCCUCCCAGGGAAUGGAACGAAGGCGGUCAAGUAUGGGUUCAACAUGUGUCAAGUUCGCCUGCUACGCGUCUGGAUGUUGUCAACUUGCAGGAAUUGUUGGAUAACAAGCUGCAACAACGAAAAGCGCGAGAGACGGGGAUCUGUCCUGUGCGAGAAGAGCUGUACAAGGAGACUUUCGAUGAGAUCAUCCGACAGGUGACGGUCAACUGCGCCGAGCGAGGGCUGCUGAUGAUCAGAGUGCGAGAUGAGAUUCAGAUGACUCGGUCGGCCUAUCAGACUCUUUACGAAAGCAGCAUUGCUUUUGGCAUCCGAAAGGUCCUGCAAGCCAAGCAGAAUCGAACUGCGAUGAGGAGGACGAUAGAGCGGCUCUUGGAGAAUAACGAGACCCUCCGAGAAGAGAUCAGCAUGCUCAAGCAAAAAGCGACAUCGAUCGAGAAGAACUCUAACAAGCUAAGAGAGCAAGAGAAAGGCAAACAUCUUGAUGAGGUCGCAGCGCUCAAGUCGGAAUACUCCGAUCGCAAGAAGCAACUAGAGAUACAGAUCGGCCUCGUGCAAGCUCCUCCAGCUGCUGACAGCAAGAAGCAGAGCGACGAGACCAAGUGAGGGCUCUCCUCUGAGAUGUACAUCCAUCGGAUUCGAGCUUGCCGAUUUCAAAAUCGAACAACGAAAGAAGUAAAUAAACUUGAAAUGC